ACGCUAUUAUUGUGGUGCGAGAGAGAGAGAGAGAGAGAGAGGAGAAGUGAGAAGGGGUUUUCAUCCAUGGCCACUGGGUGAGUGUUAGCUUACUGGCUUGGUUUUCCAUCUGUGUGCCGUGCGGUGCGGUGCCUUCUUCUCUCCUAACCCUUUCCUCGAUUUGAUCGUCGCCCUCCCUCUCAAUUCUUUUUGCCAGUAAUGCCAGUAGUCCCUCCUCACUGCCACUGCAACAAAAGAGGAAGACGAGAGUUUUCAUCGGGAAGGUAAAAACAAAAAAAAAAAAAACAAAAAAAAAUCAAAACUUUGCCACCCCCAUCUAAACAUCUCGACGUUACAUUAAUCCAAUCUCCUCCUCCUUCCUUCCUAACACAACCCACAUACAUCACAGACAAUUAGCAUGCCUGACCGCCUGCCUUUUCCUCUUUCUUUCACCCCCUAAAACUCCUACUGAUAAAAGCCUGAUCUUUCCGGAGCUAAAAUCCCGGGAGUGCCCUCCAAAACAAAAAAACAAAAAAAAAAAGAAAAGAAAAGAAAAGAAAAAAGGUGUAUUAAAAGAAAUAAACACUUGUUGUUGUUGUUCUUGUUGUUGUUCUUGUUGUAUUCUAUGGAUGGUCCUGGCGGAAGUUCUUCAGGUAUGAUGAAUUUUGGAGAUCAAAAUAAUAGUAAUAAUGGGUUAUGUUCUUCCAUGAUGAUGAUGAUGCCUUUAAUGUCCUCUCACCAACACCACCACCACCACCACCACCACCACCACCAAGGAGAUGCAUGUAAUCCAUUUCCUCCUCUUCCUUCUCCUAAUUACACCACCAACAACAUCAGCAACACAAACACUUCUUCUUCUUCUAACCCUAUUUGUUACUUAAUGGAUGAAAACACCACCAUCAACAACAACAACAACAACGAUAAUGGGUGUGGUCAUGCAAAUUCGUCUUCUUGUGAAUUAAAGGCCAAAAUUAUGGGUCAUCCUCACUACCACCGCCUCCUUGCUGCCUAUGUCAAUUGUCGAAAGGUGGGGGCGCCGCCGGAAGUGGUGGCGAGGCUUGAAGGAGCGUGUGCAUCUGCACUAACAAUGAGUGGUACGUCUUGUACGGGGUGUAUUGGUGAAGAUCCGGCUCUUGACCAGUUCAUGGAAGCUUAUUGCGAGAUGCUCACUAAAUAUGAACAAGAACUUUCCAAACCCUUUAGGGAUGCCAUGCUUUUUCUUCACCGAAUCGAGUGCCAAUUCAAAGCCCUCUCUAUUUCCUCCUCCGACGCUGUUUGUGGUGAGGCAUUUGAAAGGAAUGGUUCAUCUGAAGAGGAAGUUGAUAUCAAUGGCCACUCUAUUGACCCUCAAGCCGAAGACCGUGAACUGAAAGGUCAGCUCCUCCGCAAGUACAGUGGAUGCUUGGGCAGUCUCAAGCAAGAAUUCAUGAAGAAAAGGAAGAAAGGGAAGCUGCCUAAGGAGGCCAGACAACAGCUCCUUGACUGGUGGAGUAGACAUUACAAGUGGCCUUAUCCAUCUGAAUCACAGAAGCUAGCCUUGGCUCAAUCAACUGGGUUGGAUCAAAAGCAAAUCAACAACUGGUUCAUCAACCAAAGGAAAAGGCACUGGAAACCCUCUGAAGAUAUGCAGUUUGUAGUGAUGGAUGGUGGGCAUCCACAGUAUUACAUGGACACCAUGUUGGGCAAUCCUUUUCCCUUGGAUAUCUCUCCCACUCUACUCUAAUAAAUUAAUUUCCAGAUUGUUGUGAUUUUAAUAUACCAUGCCUUUUCUGUUUCUUUUCUUUUGUGUAUCAAUGUUUGAGGAAUCAUCCAACUUGUUUGAGCACAACAUAUAUGCUUUUCUUACUUCAUAUUAUAUUUGCCAACGCAGAAGUUGGAAAAUUGAACAU